AUGAUCAAACAAUUUAACGCCGAGAAUGGCAUCAAAAUUAUGGCUGCGGAGACGGAGACCAGCGCCGAUCAGUCCAUCGCACCCGUAGCUAACUCUAGCCUUACCAAAGCCAUGGGCUCUAAGAAAUCCAGGUUUUCAUUCACUAAAAUUAUGACAAACGCCGGCUAUUAUGUGAAGCAAUCGCUAGGGCUGUCCACCCGUACCGGCACUGGUGUUAAUGAUGGUGUGGGCGAUGACAGGGUAAAGGGAGCUGUCGUACAACCAGAGCUUCCUAUGCCUACACUAUCGGCAGAGUCCACACCAAUAGCCUCGCCAUUAGAGCCGGGCUCUCACCCCUCGGCGCCCAUAAACUAUCUGAACGUUGAUCUGAAUGUCGACACAUUUAACACAACGGCCACUUUCCCACACAUGCCGUACAUUACAGUAACCGUAUGUGUGGUUGACGUAUGGGUGACUUGUGUUCGGUUCACUCGCGUUGACUAUCUGGCCGUCAUGUGGUUAAUGCAAAUACUGAGUACUGGUGCCGACGAUCCGGACGUUAUUGUUAAACAAAUGGCCAAAAGUGGUUUCGAUGGUUGGGAUUACACAAAGUGUUUGAAUUACUUUUACAAUGCGUUAGAAUUUUAUAAACAGACUUUGGCCAACUGUCCGAACCGGGAGACGGCGGCCACCGUUUACCCCCUGUUUGACACAAUGCACUCAUUUGUACCCUAUUUUCUCAUGACUACCAAAAAAUACACAAAACUCAACGAAUUGAAGCGAUUGUUUGCUGAAAAAUGCGGUGAAUAUGUGGACACAACCACCGGUAUUAAUGACGACACUCCCUGUCCAACCCCGCACUCUACUGAGAUUAUACAUGAUAUAGUUAGCCAGAGCUGUGCCGCACCCAAUGACCUUCUAUACCAACAGAUACCAAAAUAUCUCUUUGUAGGGGAUGAACUAUUGAAUACAGAUAUGUCCGUUAAUGAUCUACCUGUGCCGGAUACUGUUGAGCCGACGGUAGCAGCACAUCAACCACCGGCUGAUAAUAGCGAGCAGAACCCAAUUGACUACUUGGGACUACCGGUGACGGGCAAAAAGUUUACGGUAAACUCGUGGUCACCGCACUUGCCAUACAUGACCUCAAUUAUUAAGGUAAAAGGCGUGUGGUUUAAGACCGGACACAUUUGCGCUGCCAACCACUUGGCCCUCAACCUGCUGUUACAAUUGGUGAACAAACACCGGCCCACCGGUGGUAGCCCUAUGACUGAGACCGAGUGGGCACAAGUACUAGAGGUGUGCCGUAACAUGGAUAGGGCCGGCAUAGUGUUCCCCAUGUUUUAUACGCUACACAUAUUUAGCUAG